ACCGCACUACUCCAUUCUUCUCUCUUUAAGUAUCUCUAAACAAUUGUACGUUAACGACAUACAAUGGCUUCCCUUCUUGUCCUCUUCGUCUUCUUCUUCAUCUCCUCUUGUUCUGCUCAAUCCUACAAUGUCUUGUCUUUCGGAGCUAAACCGGACGGAAAAACAGACGCAACUAAAGCGUUUAUGGCUGUUUGGGAAACCGCUUGUGCCUCGUCUCGUCCAGUAACCAUUGUAGUUCCUAAAGGCCGGUUCUUGUUAAGGAGCCUUAACUUCGACGGUUCCAAGUGCAAGCCUAAGCCUGUUACAUUCCGUAUCGACGGUUCGUUGGUGGCUCCGGCUGAUUAUCGAGUAAUCGGAAAUGAAGACUACUGGAUUUUUUUCCAGCAUCUCGACGGCGUCACCGUCUACGGCGGAGUUCUUGACGCUCAAGGAACUUCUCUAUGGGACUGUAAAAAAUCCGGCAAGAAUUGCCCCAGCGGAGCCACGACUAUAGGGUUUCAAAGCGCAAGCAACGUCGUGGUUUCCGGGCUGACGUCACUCAACAGCCAGAUGUUCCACGUCGUCAUCAACGGUUGCAACAACGUAAAGCUUCAAGGAGUUAAAGUAUUAGCCGCAGGAAAUAGCCCCAACACAGACGGUAUCCACGUUCAGUCUUCCUCAACCGUCUCUAUCUUCAAUACAAAAAUUUCCACCGGCGACGAUUGUGUCUCCAUCGGUCCAGGAACUAAUGGUCUAUGGAUCGAAAAUGUCGCAUGUGGUCCGGGUCAUGGCAUCAGCAUUGGGAGCUUGGGGAAAGAUAGCGUGGAGGAAGGUGUACAGAACGUGACAGUUAAAACGGUGGCGUUUACGGGAACAGAUAACGGAGUCAGGAUCAAAUCAUGGGCCAGGCCCAGUAGUGGAUUCGCUAGGAACAUCCGUUUUCAACAUUGUGUUAUGAACAACGCAGGGAACCCAAUCCUUAUCGACCAAAACUAUUGUCCUCGUAACGAAAAUUGCCCUCGCCAGGUUUCGGGUAUCAAAAUCAGCGAUGUGUUGUUCGUAGAUAUACAUGGAACAUCGGCGACUGAAGUUGGAGUGAAACUUGAUUGUAGUCCAAAGAAACCGUGUACCGGAAUUAGACUUGAGGAUGUGAAAUUAACGUACCGGAAUAAACCGGCUGCAUCGGCUUGUGUUCACGCAGGAGGAAUCGAAGCCGGAUUUCUUCAGCCAAACUGCCUUUGACAACAACAAUAUAUAAAUAUAUAUAUAGGAUUACUUAAAGUUUAUUAGCAGUGAUAUUGUAAAUUAUAGUUUCCUUGUUUAUGUUCCAAUACGUAUGGCUCGGGAUCACGCGGAUGGAAGUUAAAAUGCAUGAGCCUGUGGCGUUUGAAGGCACACUUGAGCCUAGAGCCUGGCCUUGCUUUAUAGAUUAUAGUCCAUUGCAACCAUUGAUCGUUUUGAU